AUGGAUACUUCUGAGGAAGAAGCGUUGAAACAAAUUGAUGAUGAGUCAGAUGAAGAUAAAGAUCUAACCAACAACUUGUUGCAGCUAUAUUCAUCGGGGCAAAUACCUAGAGAUCCAGAGCCAAAAGAAGUGUUGACAAGAAGAUAUAUGUACCGAGGUUGGGAUGAAUGGCACGAGAAGCUGAUGCACGAUUAUUUUCUUCCCGAUUGUGUGUUCUCUGAUGAAAAUUUCCAAGACCGAUUCCGCAUGCCCCGACAUUUGGUGCUAAAGAUUAUUGGUGAGCUUUUUCAGGUAGAACCUCAAUUUAUUUAUCAGUAUGAUGCACUGAAUAUUAGGGGUCAUAACCCUGAACAAAAGGUUACUUCGGCCUUAAGGAUUCUAGGAUAUGGCAGACCUCCAGAUUCUAAUGAUGAGUACCUUCGUAUUGGCAAAAAAACCGCAUAUAAGUAUCUUUCGUUGUUUUGUGAAACAAUGAUUAAUCAUUUUGGUCAAACCUAUUUAUGUAAACCAACUGACGCAGAUGUUAGAGAAAUAUUAAAGCAAAAUCAGGAAAGGGGAUUUCCUGGAAUGUUGGGUAGUCUUGACUGCAUGCAUUGGGUAAAUUUCAGUAUCAACAGAAUCAAUACAUAUUAUCUUGCAGAUGGAAUUUAUCCAAAAUGGUCAACUUUAGUUCAAUGUUACCGUCAACCACCCGCUGGUGAAAUGGGUCGUUCAUACUCAUAUUUCAAUAGUAGACAAAUGGAUCUGAGAAAGGAUGUGGAACGUGCUUUUGAAAUUCUGAAGCGGAAGUUUGCAAUCAUUUGUGGGCCUUAUCGGGGUCUAAGUGCUCGUGUAAUGCAUAAGACUAUGCUGACUUGCAUCAUUAUGCAUAACAUGGUAAUCCAUGAAACUCGUCGUACUAAGAAUUGGACUAACCAUCAAGAUGAAGACUUAAGGCCUGAGAUUAUACCAUCAAGAGGAUUACCUGCAAGGAACUAUGCACAAAUAACCAGUCAUAUUGAGAAUAAAACUCUGUAUAGCAGGUUAAGGGAAGAUCUCAUAGCGAGUAUGUGGGCUGAGCUUGGAAGAGAUGGAGGACAAAUUUAG